AUGCAAUUCUUCGUUCUUCUGGCUCUCUGCGGUUUCGCUUCAGCUGCAACAUAUUCUUCCAGCUACUAUAACAAUAACUAUGGUUCCAAUGGAUGUAAGAUUUUUAAUGGAUUUUCAAAUUCAUAUAUAAAUAUUUUUCAGACCAAUCGUGCAGCUCUUCAUACGAUUGCUCAAACAAUAUGGUUUGCUCCAAUGGACAAUGCAUGAGCACAUUGAGCUACAACGGAGGAGUAAACACACAAUCAAACUACAACAUGAAUCAACAAUAUUCAUCAGGAUCUGGAACUUAUUGUAGCUCCAACUAUGCUUGCAAAUCAACCGAAACCUGCAGGAACAACAGAUGUCAAAGCAGCUAUGGCUCAUCUAACUCAAUGAAUAAUUAUCAAUAUUCAUCAUCAAACAGUGGAUCAUACUGUAGAUAUUCAUCAGAUUGUGCCACUGGACAAACUUGCAGCAACAGCAUGUGUGUUAACUCAUAUGGAUCAACCAAUAUGUACACCAAUGCACAAUACACCCAAGGAAGUGAGUUGAAUUACUUAACAUAUGAGAUAAUUGAAUAAUUUUCUAUUUUUAGACUACUGUACCUCUGAUUCAUCCUGCGGAUACAAUCAAAAAUGUAUGAAUAACUACUGUCAAAUGACAUCCAACACUGGAUCUAGCAUGUACAAUAGCAACAGUAACUACAAUACAUAUGGCUCAUCCUCAACUUGCACAUAUAAUUCAGAUUGUGGAUCAAACAGAUAUUGUAACUACGGAACAUGUUACUCAUAUUCUGGUUAA